AUCAUCUCCUAUUAUCCGUCAAGUGUCGCCUCAAGUAAUUUCUACGAAAUCAGGUUUGAAUCUUUUGAAAAACUUGCUAUUGUGUCCUUACAUUUGGUAGCCCGUCCAACAAUGUCCUGAUAUUUAUUUUGCAAUUAUGUGCGUAAAAUAUAGCCUGUGUAUUGCAGCGCAUAUUAAAAUAAACAAAUUUACCGAAGUAAAGCUAUUUCCAUGCAUGGACGUAAGGCGUACCUACUCAUUUAAAAAUAAAUAUAAAUGACAACAAUUUAUACACUUGGUUCUGUUCUCACUAAACUGUGAGGGAAAAUUGGGGGCGACAGAAACUUCUCUUUCUCUCACUCUCCCCACACAAUGCCCCGACCGUGAAAAUCGUCAAUUGUGGCAGAGGAAAAAUAAACAUUUCGACGGAACGCCGCAGAAUCCAUUUGGUUGUCUUUGACGACGUUUGGCUCAUACCUACUACGGAACGUGCUAAAUUCUUAACACUUUUCGGUCAGUAGAAAGUUUUUUUUAAGUCGGAAAAGAGAACAAAUGGCCGAUGAGUAGUUUGCUAUGAUCACAAUGUAAAAGGCUGUGAGGAUUUUUAAGGAGGUCUGCUGGCUGUUCCGCACGAUUUGAAAAUAAUCACCGUGUCAGUUUCACCUUUCUUAUGCAAAAUAGGUAUCUUUGAAGGCGGAUCUUUUGGCAGGUUAGUCCAGGACGGUGGUGAAGACAGAAUCAAAUCUGCAGUGCAACUAACAACUCGCUUUGGCUAGGUCUCGCUCCGGAUUGUAACCGGCAACAAAUGUAAAGUUAAUUUUGUAGAGAAAUUUUGUGAGCGCAUGAAUAUUGCUUGUGGACGCACAAAGACUAGUCGCAUUUGGAGGAAAACAACAGCUUACUUGACAUUUUUUUGCGAAAGCUUUUAGUCGCGCACGAGUUUGAGAGCGCUGCUCGUCUCCGCUCAUGCUGCAGGACGGUGGCAGGACAGCCUGCCGAAAUAACGUGAUUGGAAACGAGAAGUGUUUGCCUGGUUUUACACGCGUCUGCUUGGAAAUUGUCUGGAUUGUGUGCUGCUUUAACGGAUCUGAACAUUUCCCUGUGAGAGAGCCGUCUGGGGGGCAGCUGGUUCGUCCUCCAGCACAUUGGAUGAGGUGGACAUUUACCACACCGUGGUUAGAUCUUUCCCCUAUAGCAUUUUCGGAUGUCCAGCAACAGACUGAAUAACAGUUCACGGACUCUCAUGGAAGUUAAAACACCAGACAUUAUUCUAAAGAGGAAGAAAAAACAACAACUAAACAUUGCCUAGUUUACCCGUAUUUGGUGGAGCUCUACAUGAGAGAACACUGACAAGACAAUGCCUUCCUCUGCCAAACUGAGCCUCUUCCGCCUGCUCAUUGCCUUUGCGCUGGGGGGCUGUGCUGCCAUCAGCUCCAUAGACCCGGAUCGACCCGGGGAAGGAAGAUGCCAGCACAUAGUGAUCCCCCUGUGCAAGGACAUUGGCUACAACAUGACCAGGAUGCCCAACCUCAUGGGUCAUGAGGACCAGGGGGAGGCUGCCAUCAAGCUGCAUGAGUUUGCCCCGCUCAUUGAGUUUGGGUGCCACAGCCACCUGAAGUUCUUCCUGUGCUCGCUGUACGCGCCCAUGUGCACAGAGCAGGUGUCGGCCCCCAUCCCAGCCUGCAGGGUGAUGUGUGAGCAGGCUAGGCUCAAGUGCUCCCCCAUCAUGGAGCAGUUCAGCUUCCGCUGGCCUGACUCCUUGGACUGCUCCAGGCUUCCUAACAAGAAUGACCCCAACUACCUGUGCAUGGAGGCUCCCAACAACGGCACGGACGACCCCCCAAAGGGGGCGCACACCCAGCCGCCUGACUUCAGGCCCCAGCGGCCCAACAGCGGGCAGGAGUUCCAGAUCAAGGACAGCGGCAACCGGGAGGCCUGUAGCAAUCCGGGCAAGUUCCACUACGUGCACAAGAGCGAGUCGUGCGCCCCCAGGUGCCACAGCAAGGUGGACGUGUUCUGGGGCCAGGGCGACAAGCAGUUCUCCCUCAUCUGGAUCGCCAUCUGGUCCAUCCUCUGCUUCAUCUCCAGCUCCUUCACCGUGCUCACUUUCCUCAUCGACCCGCAGCGUUUCAAAUACCCAGAGAGGCCCAUAAUAUUCCUGUCCAUGUCCUACUGCGUGUACUCCAUGGGGUACCUCAUCCGUCUGUUUGUCGGGGCGGAGAAGAUCGCCUGCGACAGGGACAACGGCGUUGACUACAUAAUUCAGGAGGGCCUGGAGAGCACUGGCUGCACCAUCGUCUUUCUCAUCCUCUACUACUUUGGCAUGGCCAGCUCCCUGUGGUGGGUUAUCCUCACGCUUACCUGGUUCCUAGCCGCGGGGAAGAAGUGGGGCCAUGAGGCGAUUGAGGCCAACAGCAGUUACUUCCACUUGGCGGCCUGGGCCAUUCCCGCCGUCAAGACCAUCAUGAUCCUGGUGAUGAGGAAGGUGGCCGGGGAUGAGCUGACGGGGGUCUGCUACGUGGGCAGCAUGGACGUGAAGGCCCUCACCGGCUUCGUGCUCAUCCCCCUCUCCUGCUACCUCAUCAUCGGGACCUCCUUCCUGCUGUCGGGCUUCGUGGCCCUGUUCCACAUCCGGAAGAUCAUGAAGACCGAGGGCGAGAACACGGACAAGCUGGAGAAGCUCAUGGUGCGGAUCGGCGUCUUCUCCGUCCUCUACACUGUGCCCGCCACCUGCGUCAUCGCCUGCUAUUUCUACGAGAGGCUCAACAUGGACUACUGGAAGAUUGUAGCUGGGGAGCAGAAAUGCAGGGACAGCGGAGGGGCCCAGGACCCCGAGGACUGCCUCAUGAGCAGCUCCAUUCCGGCUGUGGAGAUCUUCAUGGUCAAGAUCUUUAUGCUCCUUGUGGUGGGCAUCACCAGCGGCAUGUGGAUCUGGACUUCUAAGACCCUCCAGUCCUGGCAGAACGUCUUCAGCAGGAAACUGAAGAAGAGGGCGAGGAGAAAGCCCGCCAGUGUGUUCACCAGUGGCGGACCCGGCAUCAAGCCUCACCCGCCACUCAAAGGCCAUAACACUAAGUACGAACCUGCAGGGCCCCCUCCAACGUGUGUUUGAGCCUUUUCUCUCUACAAAGAGUGCAAAAAAACCCAUUCUGUUCUUUCAACAUGUAAGCCCUGCCUUUGAUGAUGUUUUGUUAUUACAGUACUGUCUAAAGGGAAACAUUACAGGUUCAUAUUUAUUUUUUUAUGCAAAUGUCAUUGAAGAAAAUGCAGUGCAUUGAACAGGAUGCUCUUUUCAUAUUAUGAUUUAUCUCAAGCAAUGGGAGCAAAAUUUGCUGAAACGUAAAAUAAAAAGGAAAAUAGUGGUUCUCUAACUGUUAAAAAAAACUUUUAAAGAUAUUAAAAAAGAGGGGGAAAAAAACUUUUGUUUCGAGAUAAAGACAAUGGAAUAAACAGUUUGGAUGUGCCACUGGGUUGCUUGAAUAAUGUGCAAUAGAUGUUUUCCUUAGUGACAAAAAGACACAAGUACUGUAGAAACAGAUUAAAGACAAUGAAAGGACUCCCCUCGACAAAGGGAAUGAAUGGUCUGGGAGACGGAGGCCCUUUCGUGUUGCGUUUUGUGGCUUUUUAAUGGAAAUCAAGGCAGUGUCAUACAUGUUUGGACUGAUGUGAAGAAAGAAUGCUGCAGUUGAAAAGGGCUCAGGAGCGUAUGGACUGCCUAUUAUGAAGCACAUUCUAGCCAUAAAUAAAACAACAAGCACUAGAUAUUUCAAACUUUUUGUACAGACAGUUUUCCUUUGAUUUUUUUUCUGUGCUUUUUGUGGCACAUCAAAAUAUUUGUAUAUAUUUCUAAAAAAUGUCAUUAUUUUAUAAAGAAAUAAAAACAUUAUAGUUUUAAA